CUUACGUGCCAACACUUUCUUUUCCCCCCUUUUCUUCUUUUUUAUUACCCCCUAUUUUCUACACUUUUUUCUCUUUUCACAAUAAUGGUGAUUUGUCAGUAUUUCCUUCAAGGAAAGUGCAACUUUGGCACCAACUGCCGCAACGAGCACCAAGCCAAACCAAGUUCGGCCUUCGGAAAGUCCUCCUCACAAGCAAUAAUGCAGGGUGGUGGUGGUGGCGGCAACUCUUUUAACAACAAUAGGUUUGCCACUCUGUCACAACAACCCGCGUUUGGAACCAACACACCAUUUGGGUCGGGAAGCGGGUCCGGUGGUAGGUUCGGAUCAGGGUCCGGCACAUCUGUGUUUGGAUCUAGUGGUGCUUCGGGCGGAUUUGGAUCUGGUGGUGGAAGCGGUGCAUUUGGGUCUGCCAAAUCAUCUAGUGCGUUUGAAUCUGCUGGCGGAGCCAGCGCAUUUGGUGCGGCCAAGCCGUCGAGUGGAUUCGGGUCCGGGACAGGGGCGUUUGGCGGCGGCAGUGGUACAAAUAGUGCAGGUUUUGGAUCGGGCACGGGCGCGUUUGGUGGAGGGUCGUCCGGCGCUUUUGGCAGUGGCCAAGCGACAAACACAGGGUUUGGGUCAAGUGCCACCACAGGGCUUGGUUCCUCCAAGGGCACAGGCGCGUUUGGUAAUGCUUCAAUAUCGGGAUUCGGAAAUGCUGCAGCGACCACACCGAGCACAGGUGGGUUUGGAUCAGCAACGACUUCUGGAUUUGGAUCAGCAAAUGUUUCUGGAUUCGGGUCAGCGACAAUAACUGGCGGGCUUGGGUCAUCCUCGAAUACUGGAGGUUUCGGAAAUAACACCAACACCAGUGCAUUUGGAAGUGGCGGAGGUGGCGGUGGCGGAUUUGGGUCAAGUGGGUUUGGGUCAUCUCCAGCUAAAGGAUUCGGAACGACAUCUGCAUUUGGCUCAGGAUCAGGAAUAGGGUCAGGAUUCGGCACAGGAACAACAGCAUUCGGUGCAGCAGCAAAUAAGGGAUUCGGCAAUACUAAAGUACCGCAGAUAUCUUUUGGUAACACUGAUGCCGAACGGGCAGCAAUAUUGGACCCCGGAGACCAUUGACUGAGGAGGAGAAGAGCGUGUACAGGGAGGUUAAAUUUACAAUGGGCAAAAUUCCCGAACAGCCACCCACUCUGGAUCUCAUCGCUUGAAAUAAUAAAAAUUGAUCUAGUGAUUUAAUUAUUGUUAUUGCUGGUGGAUCAAGGGUUAUACAUAUUAUUUUUUUUGCCAUAUAUUUUUUUUUCUUUUGCACGUUAAUUUUAUUAGUCCCGUUCUAUUAUAUUCUCCAUUCU